UGAGGGGGGCAGGUGGUUAGUUUGAUGACACAUACAAACACACGCGCGCACACACACGCCAAAUGCACAAUGGUAGAUUAUUAGAAACCAAACUAAGUGGCUCAUGAUAUCGGCAAUCUCUGAAUAUUGACAUGUCAGGGUGAGUCUGCUCCAUAGGCAAAAAAGUCAUCAGCAAGUAGAACCACAAACCAAAACCAAGAGAGACAAAGAAAGAGAGAGAGUCAAGAAGAGCACAGAGAGAUAAAGGAAGAUGUGUAUGGCAACAGAGAGAGAGCGGAAACACGAAAAGGGUUGUGGGUGAGUCAAGGAACAGAGAAAGAAAAAGUUAGACAAUGAGAGAAGAGGGUCUGUGGAUUCUUAAGCAUGUGAGUCACUAGGGAACAAAACACAAGGAUCUUUUAUUUUGGUGACCUCUGUGCAGGAGCGGGACACCUCAGCUGGGAUAAAGAGAAGCUGUGAGAGGAACAAACACAGAAGACAAUAAAUAAACGGCCUCCAACGGUAUCUUUGAGUCUGUCGUCCCGCUGCUCAGCUGUUGUAUGAGCUGUUGCCGCGUCUGCACCAAGGACUGGAGCAUGAACCCUGGGGCACUCUCCAGCUCAGGCCCCCUCUCCUGGGCCAUGUACCUGAUGAGGAAAGGCCGGUCAGGCAGCGGAGUCUUUGACCCAGCCCCUGGCCGGCGUUACACUCCCCCCUCCACCACGCUCGCCUCCGGGGGGAAGAUGGCCGAGGCCCUGCCUCUCGGGGCACAGGAGGCCGGCGGUGGAGCGUCUCUGCUGGGCAAGCUGCGCAUGGCAGACCGUGGCAUGGUAGAGGUGAUCUCAGAUCAUCCAGGCGAGCUGGUGAAGACGGACAGUCCCAACUUCCUCUGCUCUGUGCUGCCGACACACUGGAGGUGUAACAAGACUCUGCCCAUUGCUUUUAAGGUCGUCGCCCUGGGUGAAAUCCCUGACGGCACCCUGGUAACGGUGAUGGCGGGAAAUGAUGAGAAUUACUCGGCUGAGCUCCGCAACGCCACGGCUGCCAUCAAGAACCAGGUGGCCCGAUUCAACGACCUGCGCUUUGUCGGCCGCAGUGGAAGAGGGAAGAGUUUCACUCUGACCAUCACCGUCUUCACCAACCCUCCUCAAGUGGCCACAUACCAAAGAGCUAUUAAAAUUACAGUGGAUGGUCCGAGAGAGCCACGGCGUCAUCGUCAAAAGAUGGACGAGGUCAAACCGGGCUCUCUGGCGUUCUCUGAGAGGCUAACAGAGCUGGAGCAGCUGAGACGGAGCUCGAUGAGGGUGACACCUCCUCACCAUCAUCACCAUCAAACCUCGGCCAACGCCCGCCAAUCUGCAGCACUCAACUCCGCCACAUUCUCCAGUCCCACACACUCUCAGAUAACUGCUGAUUCAAGACAGAUGCAGUCGUCUCCAUCUUGGUCCUACGACCAAUCGUAUCCCUACCUUGGCCAAAUAACCACGCCCACCGUCCACACAGCCAACCCCCUAUCGCCCGGCCGCUCCUCUCUCAGUGACUUGUCCUCACGUCUCACAGGUCCUGACCUCACGGCCUUUGGUGACCCCAGAAUGACCUUGGAACGAUCCUUCUCCUCUCUCCCCUCAUUGCCCGACUCCCGCUUCUCGGACCCUCGCGUCCACUACACUCCCACAGCGGCUGCCUUCACCUACACUCCCUCUCACAACCCUGUCUCCAACGGCGCCCUUGGCAUCACUAUGGCAACAGCCAUGGCGACCACGCCGGGAGGGAGGUACCACACCUACCUGCCUCCUCCCUACCCUGCGAACACCCCGCACCAGACUCAGAAUGGACCUUUCCAGUCCACCUCCUCACCUUAUCACCUGUACUACUCUGCUGCCGGAUCGUACCAGUUCUCCAUGAUGGCCGGAGGGGGAGGCAGCAGUGACUCGCGCUCCCCUCCCAGGAUCCUGCCGCCGUGCACCAACGCUUCAACAGGCUCCGCCCUCCUGCACCCCUCCUUGCCCAAUCAGAAUGAAGGAGUGGGUGUCGAGGUGGAGUCCAGCCACAGUAGCUCCCCGACGAACAUGGCCGCUGCUGAGGCUGUGUGGAGACCUUACUGAACAGCCAGCAUGGCCGCAGACCCUUCGAAUUACAAUGGAUAUCAACCAUAGACAUAUUUAUGUGGGCUGCUCGGGCACAUUACAGCCAUACGUCAACAUUGCUGUCAUACAGGAAAGACCAAAACCUAAUCAGAUUAACGUUUCUUUAUCCAGAAAAAUGCAACUCCCCUGUUCUGGUCUUGUUAGGAUCAAUAUGGCAGCAGCAUUGACUUAUUAUCCGGGGUAGAUUUACGGUGUCUUCGUAUAUCUAUCUAUAUAUCUGUGAUAUUAAAACCUGGUCAUGUGAUGGCAUUGACUGAACACACAGCAACAUUGAGACUGAGAGCGACUUUAGUGUCCCAGUGUCAGUUUGGGACAUUCUGAUACUUUAAAUAAUCUGAAGUCUUGAUUUGGUUAUGUAUUCCAAAAUGUACAAUUGAAUACUCCCGAUUAAAAAGGAUUUAAAGAUUGUUUUUGUGCUCUAUAAACAGUUCCUGCACAUAAAAGUAGAAGUCAGGGCAUUAAGCCUCCUGACUUCUCAGUCAUGCACCAAAUUGACCUAAAUGUAUCAUGGAUUGAUUUUUCAUUUCAUCUGCAUUCAUAUGCAGAUAGCCAAAGACUCUCUUGUUAUCGCUUGACCACAACCACACUCUUGUGUCUCACAUUUCUCUUCAGGCUGUAAAAAUAAUAAACAGUGAACAGUGACAUGGAGGCCAAAGCCUGGCCAUGCACAUGUGAAUCCUCCAUCAUUGCAACAGGCAAAUGAUUUCAAUGUUGUGACACUUUUUAGAAUUCUGCUGAACGCUGACCAAACACAGAUUACUGUUUUAGGAACUAUUUGGAAAAAUGUCAUCACAUGACUUGGCGCCGAAUGCAGCCAACUGUAAAACACGCUACUGACAAACAAUGUUGGCCACUGAAAAAAAACCGAGCAGAAUGACUGACAGGUGCACAGGACGAUGGCACUGACGGACGGACUGAGUCGUGAGAGACACUGCCCUGUGUGAGAGUAGAGUUUCUAGUAAAUGGACGACCCAAACGUGGAUGGACACGGAUGGAGAGAAGCAGGGGGAGUGUUUUGGUUUAACACUGACACAGUGCAUGCAGCGGCACUGGACUGAUCCCAAUCCAGCCUCCUUUGUACUCAUAAAUGUUGUCGGUGUUGUAAAAAGAUGAUCUGCUCAUCCCAAAUAUUGUCACCUGUUUGUUUUUGCCUUUGCUCCAAGAACCAUUUUCAUCGUCAAAGUCCAACCUUUUGAG